GCAUGUUGUUUAUUGAUAUAGCGCAUCUUUACUGUGAAGUGUUUUAAAUCGUGUGAGAUAAUGACCAAAAACGUGCGCGCUUUGAAACAUAUGCAUACGUAUCGUAUCGUAUUGUUUUUGUAUUUAUCUGUUUGUGUAAGUGUAAACACGAGGUUGGUCAACAACAAUUUGACUCCACCUCACAUGCAAUGGUAGUCAAAUGUCAAGAAACAGCUGUGUGUCGUUUUAGUUCUGUGCAGAUUUAAUGUUUUUACGUUUGAAAAUUCGGUAUGCAUUGCAUAUUUGCAAUUGCACAACACAACCAAAGAGCCUACUUAAGUGCAAACAUGUGACAAAAAGUUUUUCUUACAGCAGUCAUGGGGCGAAAAUCAUCGAUGGAAAGGCUAUUGCCGAUAAAAUUAAGAAUGAGCUCAAGGAAAAGAUUUCGGAUUAUGUAGCACAGGGAAAUCGUGCACCAAGGCUUACCGCUAUUUUAGUUGGCACGGAUCCAGCUAGCCAGACAUAUGUAAAAAAUAAGAUGCUUGCUGCUAAAACAGUUGGUAUAAUUAGCAACACCAUCGAUUUGCCCGAUACUACCAGCCAGGAGGAGAUUUUACAGUACAUUAGGAAGUUAAAUGAAGAUACGACUGUUGAUGGUAUCCUGGUUCAGUUACCUGUACCGGAUCACAUUGAUGAGCAUACCAUUUGUAAUGCUAUAGCGCCUUCGAAAGACGUUGAUGGUUUUAAUGAGAUAAAUGUCGGUCGCUUAGCACUCGAUAUGAAGAGCAUUGUACCAGCAACACCUUUAGGUGUGUAUGAGUUGUUACGACGGACCGAAAUACCCACAUUCGGCAAGAAUGUAGUGGUAAUUGGACGUUCCAAAAAUGUAGGCAUGCCAACAGCGAUGCUGUUACAUACAGAUGGUCGACAUGUGUCGAAGGGUAUGGAUGCCACAGUAACCAUAUGUCAUCGCAAUACGCCACCUGAGCAACUUAAAAAACAUUGUCAGAAUGCUGAUAUAAUAAUUACCGCUGUUGGCAAGCCGGGACUUGUGCGCCGUGAUAUGGUUAAAGCUGGUGCUUGCGUCAUAGAUAUUGGUAUAACACGCAUACCCGGAGCAGAGCCAGGUAAAACCAAGCUUGUCGGUGAUGUCGAUUUUGAAGAAGUGCGUAAAGUGGCUGGCCACAUAACGCCAGUGCCAGGCGGAGUUGGACCGAUGACAGUUGCGAUGUUAAUGAGCAACACAUUCAUGGUAGCACAGACGCUCGCUAAGACGAAACUUUCCACUUGUUUCGCCAGCGAUUAGACUCUUCGCAGUAGAGAAUUUAUUUAAAAAUAUAGUUUACUACUAAAGUAUUUUUUUUUUUUUUUUAAUUUACUAUCGUUUUAUAUGUAAUUAAUAUGCUAAAUAUGUAUAACAAAAGAUACGUAUAAUGUAUGUAUGUAGUCAUAGGAUAUAUGUAUACAUACAUACCUAUGUAUAAUAAAGAAAAAUUUAUACACAAAGGAAUACAUGCAUGUUAUAGUGGAACAUGUAAACGUUAAUUAGGUGAAAAAAUAUUAAAUAUUAUAAUUCUCACUAAACUUUUAGACUUUGUAGAGCUGACCUAGUGUAAAAGGAUGAAGUUUCCUAUACCUAACAAUAUAACUUUAAUUUCUUCUUACAAAAUUCACCGCGCUCAGUUCUUUCAAAAUUUGAAAAAAGAAAUUAUACACUUUCCUUUUUGUUUGUUUUCCAAUAUCUCCUUUUUGCAAGGUGAACUGGGACAGUAGAUUACUGGUGAAAAAAAAAUCACAUUUUCAUAUGAAACUAUUUAAAAAAUAGUCUGUGUAAAAAAAGAAAUACGUGUAAAAAAAUUUAAUUUUACAUGUAAUACUAUCUAUUCGUACCAAAAGAAUUCACAUGGUAUUAUAUAUGAACGUACAUAUAUGUAUAUUGCUGUUAAAAAGAACAAACAAAAAAUAAUCUGUGAAUGGUAAAAUAAUAAUAAGUUUCAAAUAUCGGUCCAAGUUGAGGAAAUGAUCUAGUUCCGUCGCCAGUUUCAAACUCGUAUUACGAUAUCAUGCUAUAAGAAUUUAUCACGUUUUUACGUAUGAAAUUUAUAGUUUAUUGAAAAAAGUGCAUAAUUAAAAUGAAAAACCCG